AUGGCGAGCUAUGUCCUCUCUCCAGCAGCUCACUUCACGCUUCUAGCGCAUGUCGGACUCCAUCCGACAUCGGCAGUCCUAGGCCUAUUGCUCGCAUCAUCGAGUACCUCGAGCGAGUCUGUAGAAGUCACACGCGCACUGCCAUUAGUGCAUCACUGGACCGCUCUGACGCCUCAACUUGACGUGUCCAUCGCACUGGCAAUACAGCAUGUCAAAAAGACCGGAUUGAAAAUUGUGGGAUUGUAUGCUGCAAACGAGGCGACUGGAGAUGAGCUUUCGCCGAUGGUGGAACGCAUAGCAAAGGCCUUGGCUAGCAGUACUCAGCAAGCCGAUGUGCUGGUCGCAGUGGUGAGUCGAGAUCAAAAGAUGGUUGCACGCGGCGGGGGAAAGCUGGCCUACAUGCAGUGUAAAGUCUAGAGCCGCUUGCUGACCACGCAGAAUCUUCCAGCUCAAGCCCAGAGCGCUUCCAUCAGGUGCUCACCUGACAGGCUACCGAGUAAGCGCUUCAAACACCGGAUCGAAGCAACUGGGCCUGAAUGCAAUCGAUACGGGCGCAGAGACGCGCACAGUGUCGAUUUUGAGGAGGUUACAGGCAGGCACUCAAGAUGCCAAGAUCGCUGCGAGCGACUGGGAUGGUCAGUACACGUCGGCUGGAGCUUAUCCUUCUUCAACGCUGACUCGGCCUUGUCCUGGUUUGUUGCUUCACAGACCAUCUGGAGGACACGUCGAUUGAUUGGCUGGCGCCUCUUCCUACAGAAGUGACUGCCGGCUUGUAA